AUGGCCGAUAAAUCUACCAACAAUAUUGAGUUGAAGGUCUUGGUGGACAAGGGGAGUAACAAAGUUAUCUUCAUAGAGCCUGAGAAUGAUUUUGUUGAUGUUCUCUUCAGUUUCAUGACAAUCCCCAUGGGAACAAUUAUCAGGCUUGCGCGUAAACAUUCAGAUCCUGUGGUAAUAGGUUGCAUGAACAACUUGUAUGCAAGUGUUGAAAAUAUUGAUGAACAAAAAUUUUGGAUUGAUAUAUGUAAGGACAUGUUACUGCAUCCUCGCAACGCAGCCGAUUCUCAUUGCAAUGACCUCAAUUUGAAACUUGAUGAUACUGAGCCAAGACUCUACUUUAUGUGCCCCAAUUUAUGUAAGGUCUUUAGUUAUUGCCGUACCUACUGUCCUUGUUCGUGUUUAUUAAUCAUGAAUAUGGAGAAGAGUCUUUCGUUUCGCGCUUCAGAAGAUGGAAGUGUCUUUGUGAAAGGACAAACCAGCUUUACAGUUUCUGAUGAUUUACAAGUUAUCCCCCCAAAUUCAUCAGCCAAUUCCGUUUUUACUAUGCUUGGUCUCAUGGAUGUGGAUGCUACUGAGGAGUUGACUAUCAAUAUUGGAACUGUUGAGAUUUUGAAUUUGCUCAUGUGCUCCUUAGUGUCAAAAACACCUUUGACUGAAACCCUGUUGAAGCCUAAACAAGAUCUUAAAUCGAGCAGUACAAUUCUUAAUCAAGCAAUACAUAUUGAAUCGCAAAUGUCCGGAGACUCAAUGAAUGAUGAAGAAGAUAAGAUUUGUUUGAAUCUUGUGGUCAGCAAAUCUAAGAAGUGCUACGGAUAUUACUCACCGGUUCAAGUGCUAGUGGAGGUGGAUGUUUCUUUAUUCUGA